AAUAAGCACGAGACAAUUACUUUUUAGAUGACGCGAAGAGGAUAAUGUUAGUUGGCAAGGCCGGUGUGGGAAAAAGUUCAACAGGCAAUACUCUUCUUGGGAAACGAGAAGGAGGGGGAGGAACGUUUACUGCAUCAUCAAGUUUAACAUCAGUGACCAAAAGGAGUAAAUCUUUUGAAUGUACUAAUGCCUCAACCCGAUAUAAAAUCAUCGACACUCCUGGAUUAACCAAUAUUGAUGGCAAUGAAAACGAAAUAGUCAAUGAAAUUGCAUUAUCAUUGCAAUACGCAGAUCCCGGUCCACACGUAUUCAUUAUUGUGGCUGAAUACGGCCGGGUGACAGAAGAAGACUUUCGUGUCUAUGAGAAAAUCCGGGACCUAUUUGGGGAAAAGUUUUUGCAAAAAUAUGGAAUUCUCUUGUUUACUCGCGGCGACGAUAUAAAACACGACUUAGAAGCGACACUGGAUGAUGAAAUAAAUGAUGAAAUCCUUGUUGUGGAGUUCAAAAAGAAAAUUGUUGAGGAAAGCGAGACUCUACCAGAGCUCGGGAAACUAUGUGAACUGUGUUCGAACAGAAUUUUCAUAAUCGAUAACAGGUCCCAAAAUCGGAAUUACGAGGCUUCGCGCUUUUACAAAGCGUUGGGUGAUUGGGACCUUGGUAUCGAUUACUGUACGGACAGUCACAACCUUGCAAUAAUGAUGGCAGAAGAUAGAAAGAUUCGGGAUGCAAAGCUUGAUGCAGACUUGGAUAAAGAGUUAAAGAAAAGUAAACAACAACUUGAAAAGAAAACGAAGGAAAGAGGAAACAAAAAGGAUGAAGAAUUAUCCUUCGCGGACAAACAACAUAGAGACAAGAAACAAGCUAUCAUGAACUCAUAUGAAAAGGCUAUAGCCGACUUGAAAACAAAUCACACAAAGGAAGUUGAAAAACUCAAACAUGAAAAUAAGAAGGAAAAACAAAAACCAGUUAAACCAUCCUCUCAUGUAUUAGAAAAAAUUGGGAUUGCACUGGGAAUAAGUACUGCAAUAGUAGGUUCAAUUGUUGGUGGAAUGGCUGCAGCACCCGUUGGUGCAGCUGUUUCUGCUGCUGCCGCUGGUUUUGCUGCAACAGAAGGUAUAGCGGGCGCUGCUGGAGUUGUUGCUGCUGGGGCUACAGCUGCAUCCGCAAGUGCUAGUUCAUUUACUCUAGGAGGGUGGAUACGCGAUUAUUGUAAUAUCUUAUAG